AUGGCGACGCUCAACACGCCCGUAAGCGUCGCAGAGGUGGCCGAACAGGCUGGCAACUACACGUACAAUGUUCACAUUCCACUGGCAAAUUGGCUGCGUACAGCCAACACCAUGCAGAAAGAGGCGCAAGUCUACGAGGCAGAAGGCAAUGACGCGCAGACGUACCUUCUCCUAUAUCGCCACGCCGACCUUGUUCUUCAAAAGUUGCAAGCACACCCAGACAGGAACAAGCCCGAGAAUCGCAAGGCGCUCAAUGCUGCCACGGCCGCCGUCAGUCGCGACUUGAAGAAGCUCGAAGAAAUCGCGCCGCGCAUCAAGAAGAGACACGAGGAAUAUGAAGAAAGGAGGAAGAGACAACAGCAGGCCCUCAAGUCGCUGGAAGGAAAGGGUGCCAGGACCCUCCCUCUGGAGCUGGACGGGCUGUCACUUCAGGAUCCAGGCACCAAGAGACGAUCAUACGACUCGAGGCCGACGAUUGAUGCACGCGUCCUAGAGAACCAGUCACUGGCUGCACGGCUGGCACAACGUGAAGUCAGGCGGAGAGACACGAACAGGAGGACCGCGCGGCAGCAUGGUGUGUCGGAAGAAGAAGAGCAGGCACGGCGUAGUGGAGGUUCAUGGGAUAGAUGGCAGGAUGAUUUGUCUCAGCAAGCCGGCGACGGAGAUGAUGUGUCUAGCCAGAUACAAGAGGUUGCCAGGCUCCAGCAGAACGGCCACAGGACGUCAUAUUCGUCGUCUUCAUCCUCCUAUCACUACCCCACCGUCCCAUACAAGACGUCCCAAGAGAGGUGGGACUCAUCACGCGAUCCAGUACCGACACGACCUCCCAAAGAGCAGAUAUACUCAUCCUCGGCGUCACCAGCAUCGCCGCCACCGCUGCCUCCCAAGUAUACAACAUCUCCACACGACGCACGAUACCAGCACGGACCUCCGCCCGUACCUGGAAAAUACUCAGAGAGCGCGCCGCCACUGCCAGGCAAAGUACCCGACCCCCGCUCAAUCACUCCUUCGAACGAGUUGGACGAAUUCACCUUUAAGCCAUCUGCCUUCCUCGAAAACGGGGAUCCUCUGCGACCUGUCUUCCUUCCCUCUCAACUUCGCAAUCAGUUCCUCGCAUCUGCUUCGUCCAACACACGUCUGAACCUCGAGACAUGUGGUAUGCUGUGUGGAAUACUCAAAUCCAACGCUCUUUUCAUAACUCGCUUGAUCAUCCCUGAGCAAACGAGCACAAGCGAUACCUGCGAGACGCUGAAUGAAGAGGAGCUUUUCGAUUACUGUGACAAGGAGGAGUUGAUGGUGCUUGGCUGGAUACACACACAUCCCACCCAGACAUGCUUCAUGAGUAGUAGAGACUUACAUACUCAUGUCGGCUACCAGGUUAUGAUGCCGGAGAGCAUUGCGAUUGUGUGUGCACCGACAAAACAACCCAGCUGGGGAUGUUUCCGCCUCACUGAUCCCCCAGGUAAACAAGCCAUCCUCAACUGCAGUCGCCCUGGUAUCUUCCACCCCCACGACGUCGACAACAUCUAUACCGAAGCCCUCAAACCUGGUCACGUAGUCGAGUUGACAAACGCGCCAUUGGAGAUUGUCGACAUGCGGCCUAAGAAGCGGUUUUAG